UCUCCGGGGCGGGGCUGCUCCACCCGAGCCCAGGCCGCGCGGAGCCCCGCCGGAGGCAGCGCAUGGGCGGAGCCGCCAUGGGGCUGGAGAAGGAGACGGGAGACACGAAGAUCUUCAUGGCCGAGGACAGCGUCGGGCGCUCCGGCGGCCCCGCGCCAGCCGGCCCGGAGAAGCGGGUGGAGAACGGCCCGUGCAGAGACCCGCGCGGGCUGAACACCCACCUGAAGCUGGGGUUUGAGGAUGUCAUAGCAGAGCCCGCAUCAUCUCACUCCUUUGACAACGUUUGGAUCUGCAGCCACGCUCUCUUUGAGCUCAGCAAAUACGUGCUGUAUAAGAUCCUGACUCUGUUCCUCGCUAUCCCACUGGCUCUGGUAGCAGGAAUUGUCUUUGCAGUACUCAGCUGGCUGCAUAUCUGGAUUGUGAUGCCUUUUGUAAAGACCUGCCUCAUGGUCUUGCCUUCAGUGGAGACUGUAUGGAAGAGUAUGAUGGAUGUUCUUAUUGCACCGUUAUUUCAGAGCCUAGGUCGAUGCUUUGCUGCAGUCAAUAUACGCCUGGAUCAAGAGUAAACAUCAGGGACACAAUUCUGUUGUAGUCUUAGAUGAUGGUAUACCUCUUUGCUAAUGAAACAUAGAUGCACUUAUUCAUUCAUUCCAAAACUGUUAGGAUUAAAAUAGCUGGUUUAAAGUGGGGACACGUUAUUUAAAAAAAAAUAAUUUACUUUCAGGGGAUAAAUUUAAGAUAAACUAGACUAUUUUCAUAUCUAACUAUUUUAAACAAUGUGGGGUAUUUUGGCAACACUUUAUUUUAAUGGUACAUUGAUUAUCAGAAUGAAGAAAAAUUCUUGUGGAGGUAUAUGAGACCACCACAAUAGUAUCAUAGAAAAUUGCUGUGGCUGGUGGUGUUACUUUGAAUACUGGUGAAAUUAGCAGCGAUGUGAUACACUGGGUCAAACUCACUUCUAGGGUUUCAGAGAUGGGUCUGGCCCACUAUUCAGCAUAAUACAUGGAAGGUUGUGUGCUCAGUUCUCAUUGUCAGCAGGAGUUGUGCCUGCAACUCCCUGCAUGCAACAGUAUGAGGAGGGGAAUUCUUUUCUACUGAUGUGCAUGGGUAAUAUUCACUCAGCUCUCAUUACUGCUUUGUAAAUCUCCCAUAUAUCAAUGGAGAAAAGUUCCCCAAAGUUUACCCUUUAAAAUAAGAUGUUAGCUAAUGGUUUGAGACAAUCAGCUAAUCUAUAUAUUUUAUGUAAUGAGAUUUUAACUUUGCUGUAUAUUUUGUAUUUAUGUAAAUGUUUAUCAGUUUUCCUUGAAGCAUUAUUUCUACACCAUUUGUAUACUUGCGGAAUUAUUAUGCUGAAGAAGUUUGACACUUCAGAAGAUUAAAUAAGAUUGGUGAGAUUCUACUGACUAGAUUACACAGAUCUUUGGAAUGCUGCUGUGCAAUUCAAGUAUACCAAGUAUAUAUUUUUUUCAUAAUUGAAUCUAAGAGCAGUGCACACAAAUGUUUUUAUACAAGAUUAUGCAAAAGAGUUUGAAAUACAUGUUUAUGAGAAUUGUUCAUUUUUUUUAAAAUUAAAAACAAGCUGUAAUGAAUGCAGCCUUGCCUAUCUCUGUGUAUGAUCAGCAACCCUGUGAUAUUUAAAAUAAUAUACACUAUUCUGGCACUUAGAUUAAGUGGAAAGCAUUCUCUCUUAUGUCAAGCAAGUAAACAUAUUUAGUAUGCUUGUCCAGUUCUCUCCACACAUUUAAUUGACUCUGGUAAAUGCUUUAUUUAUUACUUUUAAAGUCUAACUAUAAAGGAUAGUUUUCCCUCCUGCACUUAAUACAGCUUUAUAAACCAGAAUGGCGUGUAUACAAAGGUACAUGAAAAUUAUAUUGAUCUUUUGAUGCGGUACAUGCUACUGAUUUAUAUAAAUACAGAUGAACAAGUUACAACUGUAAAAUGUUUAUAAUGUGGUGCAAUAUUCUGAAGCAAUGUUAUGCAUUAUUCAGUUUUUGGUAGCCCAAUUUACUAAAUCAUCUUUUCUUGUCUUCGGUAGAUAGAUGACAAAUAUGUAAAUCAUUUUAAAAAACUUUUUUUUAAAAAAUGAAUGUAGGAUACUUAUGCAACUUUACAGUAACAUAUGGUAGGAAAAAGAUGGUGUAAAUGGACACAGCUCCACUGAUCUUGGUGAUGUUUCACCCAUUUACAAUAGCAGCGAAUUUCUCUCCCUAUGUAAGAUUUAGAACCACUCAUAAGUUCAAACUUAGUAAGUAAGACAGAAUACUUUCUUCUAAAAUCAUGUUAAUAUUCUCUAAAAUAGAUUCCCAUUGAGGUACUAUGGCUACAUGCCAAAUGAUUUUUGGAAAAAAAAAAAUUAGGACACAAAUUUCAUAGCAUAUGAAACAGAGCUUUAUUUUCUAAUGAGCUGCAAAACAUUCUCAUUCGCCACCCAGUAGUAAAUGAACUAGUAUACAUUAUGUAGU